UGCCAGAGAGGAGCCGAGGAGGCCGGCAAGCGGGCAGGCAGGCAGAUGGGCGUGGACAAUGAUGUUCUCUCCCCAGCAGUGCUGUUGUGGGACCGACCGGGUGGGCCCUUGACCCCGCGGUGGCGGGUCCCGAGACAGCCUAGGCGGUGCUGAGGGACCCCUUCACUCCGUCUCACCCUUUCCCCUUCCUUCUGCGCUCCUGCGCCAAGCGGCACCAUGCCGUGCACUUGCGGGAACUGGCGGCGCUGGAUCCGGCCACUGGUGGCCACGGUCUACAUCGUGGGGCUGAUGGUGGCCUUGCCGCUCUGCGUGUGGGAGAUGCAGAAAUUGGAGGUUGGAAUUCAUACUAAGGCAUGGUUUAUUGCUGGAAUCUUUUUAUUGAUGACAAUACCAAUAUCUCUUUGGGGAAUAUUACAACAUUUAGUUCAUUAUACUCAACCUGAAUUACAGAAACCAAUCAUAAGGAUUCUGUGGAUGGUGCCAAUUUACAGUCUAGACAGUUGGAUAGCAUUGAAAUACCCCAACAUUGCAAUAUAUGUGGAUACUUGUAGAGAAUGCUACGAAGCUUAUGUCAUCUAUAACUUCAUGGUAUUUCUUUCAAAUUACCUGACCAAUCGGUAUCCAAAUCUGGUGUUAAUCAUAGAAGCCAAAGAUCAGCAAAAACAUCUACCGCCACUGUGCUGCUGUCCACCCUGGGCUAUGGGAGAGGUAUUGCUGUUUAGGUGCAAACUUGGUGUACUGCAGUACACAGUUGUCAGACCAUUUACCACUAUUAUUGCUUUAAUCUGUGAAUUGGUUGGUGUUUAUGAUGAAGGGAACUUUAGCUUCAAAAAUGCUUGGACCUACUUGGUUUUCUUCAACAAUAUAUCCCAACUUUUUGCCAUGUACUGCCUUGUGUUGUUUUAUAAAGUACUGCGAGAAGAACUGAACCCAAUCAGGCCUGUGGGAAAAUUUUUGUGUGUGAAGAUGGUGGUUUUUGUUUCUUUUUGGCAAGCUGUACUUAUUGCAAUGCUGGUGAAAGUUGGUAUUAUCUCUGAAAAGCGCACAUGGGAAUGGCAGAGUGUUGAAGCUGUGGCAACUGGUCUACAGGAUUUUAUUAUAUGUGUAGAAAUGUUCCUUGCUGCGAUUGCUCAUCACUACAGUUUUUCCUACAAGCCAUAUGUGCAAGAAGCUGAAGAAGGAUCGUGCUUUGAUUCCUUUCUUGCAAUGUGGGAUAUUUCCGAUAUCAGGGCAGAUGUGACUGAACAAGUUCGCAAUGUUGGAAGGACAGUAUUUGGCCAACCAAGGAAAAUGUUUUUUGGUGAGGACCAUGAACAGAGUGAACAUACAAGUUUGCUGUCAUCAUCCACUCAGGAUCCAAUUUCUGCUGCCUCUUCCAUGCCAUCAUCACCAGUUGGCUAUUACCAAGGAUUUGGACAUACCGUGACUCCAACAAUGCCUCCUGAAUUGACAUCUGAUGGGUUAUGUAACUCUGGAGAAGAGAAUAAAAAUUCCCCUGUUCAAAUGGAGAAGUCUGGAUAACACUUUUUCUGAAAAUGUCAUUAUUUUCCAAAAUAUUCUUAGACUUGCUCUGUUCGUUUUCUAGCCUUGGAAACCCUGUUCUUCCCAGAGGAAUGUCAGCUGCACCAAGGAACAUAUAAAACAAACAAGACGGACCUAGUUGGAAUUUCAUUUUCAACAGUGAAUCUCCAAAGUGUAUGAUUAUACUAUUCUGAAAUGAAACAUAAUCUACAUUUUAGUGCUGUACUAUAGUAUAAAAUCAACAUUUGAAUUAACUUUUACAAUAACUGAUAAUAAGGAAUAUAUGUAUGUAUCUGAAAAUGACUGAUCUUGGGCUUUUGAAGAAAUAAAUUCAAUAAUGAAUGCUGCUUGUGUAAAAAAAAAAAAAAAAAAAAACCCCUACCCUUUCAGACUAGUAGGGGCGAGGUAGAAGGCCUCAGAUUCUGAUUCUCUCCUUAAUUUUUCAGAGUGAUACUUGACCCAUUCCGGAAUAAGGACUACUAACAUUCUAAAACCAUUAUGGAAUUGUUAUAGAUUUAAGUUGGGGUAGUGACACACUUAUCCCCAUAAGAGCUGUGGUAUGAAUGUUGAACAGUCCAGUGAAGUAGAAAUGCUUGGAUUUAAGCAAUGUAAUCCCAUUGGCUUGAAGUUUUAUCAUUACUAUAAGUGUAUUUUGGCCUAUGCAACAGAAAGCUUUUUUAAAUUCUAAUUAGGAUUAUAAAUUGGAAUAAGGAUUUUGUUUGUUGAAAGAAUCAGUAUGGUUGUAUUUUUACCAGGCUCAAACACCAUGUAGGUUUUCUCCCAAUAGUAUCAUAGACUGUGUUCCACUAUGAUAUUAAUAUUUUAAUGCUUGUUUCUUUAAUUCAUUGUAUAUUUGCCUUUUAAAACUUCUAAGUAUAAUCAUAUACACUACUAAUACAGAUGUGAGAGAAAAAUAUAACAAAUUAGUAUUCUGAAGAGUUUAUUACAUCUGGUUCAAGUGGAUUUGUCUGACCCAUUAUUACACUUAUGCCUGCAUUGCAUGCUUGCUGUCUUUACCUGCAUAUGAAAAAACUGCAGCAAGAUUUGCAUUUGUAAGUGGCAUCUUCAGAAAGAACUCAAAACUAUUUUCAAUGUUUAGAUGCUCUUUAAAAGACCUGAGGUUUUUAACUAAUUCUGUGGCUGUUACAAAAAAUUCAUCCUACAAGUGCUUUUUGCAGUACUAGUGUAUUCUGUAAAUACUUGGCCUUAUUCACUAGACUGCAUAUUUUAUGACUGAAUUUAGUGUGUCCUUAAUGAAACUGGGCAGAGGAGCAAAUCAUUUAUUCAUUGCCUUUAUUGUAUAUAAGCAAAUAAAAUUUUAUUCAAACACUUAA